UGUGUUUGGUCCGACUUACAUGCAGUCACUUCCGGCUGGAAAGUGCGGGAACUACAACAAUAACAAAGAACAGGCGGGAACAAUUUUAUCACUGAAAACAUGGUCAGAACAAAAGCAGACAGUAGUGGAGCGUCGAGAAAGGUUGUUGCUGCACGGGCUCCAAGAAAAGCUUUGGGUGGCAGUAGUUCUGGUAACACCUCAUCAUGUUCUUCACCAAGCAGUAGUAAAAAUAAGUAUGCAGGUGGCAAUUCUGUGUGUGAUCAACCUACACCUGACUGGCAAAAAGGUAUUGGUGGCUUUCUGGUCCAGUCCCCAAAGGGAAAAGGGAAGGAAAAUAGCCAGGAGGACAGUGAGGCUGGGAGCAGCAGUAGUGGUAGUGGAUGUGGCAGUAGCCAAAGUAGUGAAGGACAAUCUUCCACAGCAGAUAAUGACUGAAUGAACCAGAGAAAGAAAUAUUACAUAGAUUAUUAUCACAGUAUGAAUGUGUUUAAUAUUGAAAAGGACAAUUUGUGAACUAUUGAAGAACAGAAAGUAGUUGACAGUUUACAUGUAUGAACUUUAAAAAUGUAAUGGCUGUAAUGAAAUAGUGCAAAAUUAUUUAAAGCAUUCAGAAUUUUGACAUCAUUUAAAAUCCUAUAAAAGUGUGGUCAACUGGUCAGAUAUGGACAUCUAUAUUUAUUUGUCAUUUAUUUAGAAUAGAAUGUUCAUGUAAUGUUUUAUCAUGUGUUAUGCAAGAAGUGUGAGUAAAUUGUCACAAAUGUAAAUAUUGUACAGAUAUAAUUAUGAUGAAAUAAAUAAUGAUUAAAUGAG